CCAGCCCACUCGCGGUUCCCUUGGGAGCCACACAUAAUCAUUAAUUUCGACGUACAUCGUCUCGCAGCGCCCGAUUAAAAGUACCGGGUUGCCCGUCUGUAUCCCGCCCUUUUACGCCUUUUCCUAUUCUCUUACCAAUUUACGCUACCUCUUCAAGUUACUGCACGCAAUCUGGAACGAGCUGUUCAGUUGCAGCUACACCGGCCCUUAACCAAGCUCAAGUGGAGGAUCAAUUUCGCGCAUCCAAGAAAGGCACUGCCAGUGUAAGACCGUUGGUCUCGACAGGAUUGUCCAGCCGACUCGACAGUCUCAUUGUCUACGAGAAAGACGACUCUCCCGAUGGCCGAUACUCAGGCUGCCGGCGGCGACUCGAACCCUUCGAGGGGUAAUCGCAACCGUGGAAGAGGUCGCGGCGGCGGUGGUGGAGGUGGAGGAGGAGCCAACGCUGGAACCCGCGGACGAGGAAGAGGAGGACGUGGUAGAGGCGGUAAUAACGCUGCUGCGUCAACUCAGCCAGACACCUCGAGCGCAUCCCAGGCCCCCGUCACCAAAGCCGAUAACAAGGUGCUUACACGUACGGCUGCAGCGGACGAUGAUACCGCGAGCAGCGACGGAGAGGUGUGCUUCAUUUGCGCAGAGCCCAUCAAGUUCCACUCGAUUGCACCAUGCAACCACAAGACCUGCCACAUCUGUGGUUUACGCAUGAGAGCCCUGUACAAGACCAAGGACUGUCCUCAUUGUCGAACUGCUUCUCCCUUUGUCGUUUUCACGGACGAUGCGAACAAGCGAUACGAGGACUAUACCGACGCCGACAUCACGAGCUUCGACAGCAACAUUGGCAUCCGAUAUACCAAUGAGGAAAUUGUCGGCGACACUGUCGUGCUCCUACGAUACAACUGCCCCGCGGAAGACUGUGUCUUCGCCGGAUUAGGCUGGCCAGAUCUUCAUAGACACGUCCGGUCGACGCAUCACAUGAAGAUGUGCGACCUGUGUACCAGAAACAAGAAGGUUUUUACCCACGAGCAUGAACUCUUUGCGGACAAGGAGCUCGAGAAGCAUAUGAGGCACGGAGACGACAGGCCAGGUGCCAUUGACCAGACGGGCUUUAAGGGACACCCCCUAUGCGGUUUCUGUGGAUCGCGCUUCUACGACGAUGAUAAGCUCUUUGAUCACUGCCGCGAAAAGCACGAAAGAUGUUUCAUCUGCGACCGGAGAGACUCGAGACACCCCCACUACUUUGUCAACUACAAUGCCUUGGAGAAGCACUUUGAAAAAGACCAUUUCCCUUGUCUGGACAAGGAAUGUCUAGAGAAGAAAUUCGUCGUCUUCGAGUCGGAAAUGGACUUGAAGGCGCAUCAACUGGAAGAGCAUGCCAACUCUCUGUCCAAGGAUGUGCGGAGAGAUGCUAGGGUAGUCAACAUGUCAGGCUUCGACUACAGAUCGACAUACGAGACUGAGAGACGUGGAGGAGGUGGCGGCGGUAGAAGCGGCGGCGGCGGCGGCGGUGGUGAUGGCCCCUCCAGCGGACGCCAAGGCCGUGGCCGUGGCCGGGACCCCAAUGCCGAACCCAUACCUCAUAGCUCUGCGCAACCACUCCGUCGGGAUGAGCUUGCCUUCCAAAGACAAAUGGCAAUCCACUCGGCACAGUCAGUUUCUAACCGUACCUUUGGCGGUUCGCUCUCCCAGCCAGCGAGCACGACACCUGCUUCCUCAUCUCGCCGAGGUAAUGGUGCGCCGGCGCCUGGAGGUUCAUCACGUCAAGCCCCUGCAGCUGCAGCCGCACCUGCGCCUGCGCUGCCUACAGCCGAGAUGGAGCAGCUCAACGUGACUGACAUUGCAUCAUUGCCUCCUCAGGAGAGAGCGGUGAUGCUGCGCCACCAAGGCGUCGUUGAGCGCGCUUCAAACCUGCUUGGCCACAACCAGUCCAAGAUGAAGGAGUUCCGCGAUUACAUUUCAAAUUUCCGAAAAGGAAGCUUGACCGCCCCUCAACUGGUCGAUGCCUUCUUCUCGCUCUUCGCUGAUACAUCGUCAAACGCCUUGGGCACGUUGGUCCGUGAAGUGGCUGACCUAUUCGAGGAUAAGAGCAAGGUCGCGGCUCUGCACAAAGCGUGGCAGGACUGGAGAGCCAUCAAUGAAGACUACCCGUCUCUGCCUGGCUUGGGCGGUAUGCACGGCGCGACGACGGCUUCAAGCGGCUGGGCUAGUGCAGCCUCGCCGUCUCCCACUGCGCCGGCUGCCGCGCCGAGCUCGAACCAGAAGCACUCUAACCGCGUGUUGAGGCUGAAGAACAGCACCCGAGCCGGCGCCUCGGGGCCUAAACCGGUGACCCCGGCCGCUUCGACGAACUGGGUUUCCACGUCGGGCUCCUCUCGCCCUCCAGCACCAUCGGCCUUCCCUGCCCUCCCCGCGGCCUCGUCAUCCAAGUCAUCCGCACCACAGCCAUCCUGGAUCGGGCCGAACAACCCCUCCGCUUCGAGAUCCUCGGGCUCCGCAGGACCCGUGCGCUCGACGCCCGCUGGUCGACCGCCACCAUCAUCUGCUUUCCCCGCGUUGCCUCCGGCACAGAAGCCUCUCACAACAAUCUUUGGCUAUGGAUCGGGACGAGGUGUGCGGCGCGAUCUGGGCGGCGCUGCCAGUAACUUCAGCUGGGGAUCAGCCCCGGGAAGCGGAGCCGCGAGCGAGAAUGUAUCGGAGAGGGAAGACGAGGAAGCUGGUCAGAGCGCAGGUGGUAAGAAGAAGAAGGGCAAGAAGGUGCUUGUCCAGUGGGGUUAAGAAGCUGGGAGAUGCCUCACAAGGGCGUUCUGAGAUGGGGGUGAUGAACGACACUGUUUGACGGUGUAUCGAGCCUCGCAGCGCGUAGAAGACUGCUGAACACUUAAAGGCGUUGUUGGCCAUACGUGGGCGGUCUGUAGUUUUCAGGAGGUAUAAAGAAAAGAAGGAGUAACAAACAGACAGAGUAGACCAGAGAAGGAAAAAAACAGGUCUUCAAUGAAUAGAGCAAAUGUGUGCGUGCCUACCUACCGCAUGUACCUUGUAGAUCGUCUUGACCACUGAGUGAGGACCCGGAUAGACCUUGCGACACGACCUACCAGAGGUAAUUUUCU